GACCUCGACAAUCGUAUCUCGAACCUAGCUAUCGUACAAUUGCAUUCAAAUAAUAGAGAAAAAAGUCAGGAUGGGUCGAAAGUGGAGACGCAAAAACAAGAACAAACACUCCGGGGAAGGAAAGCCACGCGAUAGCAACAAAAACCCUGAUUGGGGAAAGGAGCGCGACCCGUAUUCGAUCGUUGAAGCUGGAAAUUUCCGAAUGGAAGCAUUCUACGCAUAUCAAGGAAUUCAUGGUUUCCGUAUGUCAACUGAUCCCGAUGGUAACGCCAAAGGAGAUUUCGUUGAAUGUUCGGCCUCGGGAGAAAAAGAAGCGGAACGGCAGCGUUGGCUGAAAGCGCUGAAAUCGUCUUUGCCAAUAUCAUUUCGGAUUGGAAAUAAUGUUGAUCCCGACUUGCGAAAACAUCUAAUACUCGAAUUGGAAGAGUUUGUUGGUAAGAAGAUGAAGAUCGAAGUGGAACCGAAGGGAGGGAAACGCCGUCAGAUACGAGAACAGCAAUACAGAGAGCAAGAGGAGCAAAAGAAUGAAGGAGAAAGUGAAGAUAUGCCUCGACCCGAGCUAGAAAAGGAAGUUAGAUGGAUUUCUGCUGCAGAAAGAAUUUCUUAUAUUCCUCAUGCUUACCAGGUGAGCAUUGACAAGCAGACUCUCAGACGAAAUUCUGCGUUGAAGCCCUUUCAUGAUUGGAUUAAAAUCCAAACCGAGGCAGGAUUCAUCACAAGACAAGAAGCUGUCUCCAUGAUCCCACCUAUUGUUUUGGAUCCAAAACCCAAUCACGUUGUGCUAGAUAUGGCUGCCGCUCCCGGAUCUAAAACUUCGCAACUCCUAGAGAUAGUCAAUUUGCCCACCGACAAGGACUGUCACGAACCAAAGGGAUGCGUUGUUGCCAACGAUUCCGACGUCAAGAGAGCAUACAUGCUAACUCAUCAGACGAGACGUAUUAAUAGCCCCGCCGUAUUCAUCACCAAUUGCGACGCGCGAUUCUUCCCUCUCUUGCGAAACAAUGAUGACAUCAAAAACAAUGAAUCGCCUGAAGGUAUUUUUGACCGAGUCUUAGCUGAUGUCCCUUGCACAGGCGAUGGAACGGCCCGAAAGAAUCCAGGCAUUUGGAAGAGCUGGAGUGCCCUCAAUGGAUACGCUCUUCACCCCCUUCAGCUGGCAAUUGCACUGCGUGGCGCUCAAGCGACCAAGGUUGGUGGCUAUCUGUGCUACUCUACCUGUUCCAUGAACCCAAUUGAAAAUGAGGCCGUUGUUGCAGAAUUGCUGCGAGCAUCGGAGGGAUCUCUAGAACUAGUGGAACGCAAAUCGGAACUCGAAAAUUUGUGGUCCCGGCCUGGUAUGACGACUUGGACAAACCUAGCAGAAUCAAGAAGCGCUCGAGAAAUUAAGAAUAAGAAGAAAAAGAACAACCCGAAGAUGAUUGCGAGGCGAAAGGCGUGGGAAGAAAAGAAUGGGGAGAAGAAACCUGAGAGUACAUCUACUGGUGCAGGAGAGAAUAACGAAAAGGAGAUUGAAAAGGUUGAAACGGUAUCAACUGAGUUGGAGGAGCCAAAGAUUAUUUCGAACAAGACCGUUUUUAAGCCAGAUUCGAUGGACGAUAAAGAAGAACUCAAGAAAUUAGUUGAAUCGGCUGGGAUGGUCGAAUAUUUGUCACAUGAUGAUGUUCCCGCUUUGAUGCGGAAGAGAAUUCGAUCUUCGUGUUUUCCGCCCACUCCUGAGGAGAUAUCGAAGUUUAAUCUACAUUAUUGCAUGCGUAUCUUACCGCAGGAUAUGAACACCGGUGGUUUCUUUGUCGCGUUAUUGAAAAAGGUGGCUCCAUUGAAUGCAAGAGUACGAAAGAAAUUUGAGAAGCUUGAGAAGGACAUAGAAACCAACAAUACCAAUUCAGGAAUAAGUACUGGGGACGAAAAGGGUGGCAAAGAUGAUGGUGAUAGUGAGCCAAAAACGAAGAAGGUAAAGGUUGAUGACCCUGCAAAGGACGAGGGCGCAAAGGAAGACGAUAUGAUAGUUGAAACGGACGAAAAGUUCAGUGAGAAUGCAACAAAGACCAUCGAAAGAGGAGCAGGUGGUGAGAAAGAUAAGCAAAGAAAGGAAGAAAAGAACAUUGGAAAAGACGACUUCCUCCCUGUUCCGGAUAACAUCUUCAACCCUUUAAAAGAAUUUUAUGGCCUAGAUGAUGAAAGUUUUGAGGAAAGCAACUUUAUGGUGCGUUCUGGUGGAGAUGGAAAAAUAUUAUAUUUUGUUUCAAAGACAAUCAGAUCCUUGUUGAUUGAUCGCGGUAUCCAAGACAAACUAAACGUGAUUAAUUCGGGUUUGAAAGGUUUCACCAGAAACAACAAGGAGUGUGUUGUUGACUACAGGGUUGCGCAAGAAGGUGUUCAUUUCGUUGCCCCUCACAUGAAAAAGAGAAAGUUCGCCGCGAACCUCAAAGACUUUGAAAUGUGCUUGAGUGGUCCGACGGUUCAGAUCAAAGAGUUUUCUGAUGAAUUUGCUUCUAAAAUCCGGGAAUUGUCGAUGGGGUCCUUCGUCGUUACAUUAGAAGGAUAUGAGAACGACUACAUCAAAAAGUUGAUUAUAGUCCUGUGGAAAACUCGGGGUGAUGCUGUUAACUAUUUAGUCACCCAAACUGAAAUUGAUGGCAUUAGAUGUAAGCUUCGAGCGAUAUCCAAAAUUCAGGAACUAGAAAAAGAAGCCCCGUCGGUAGCGGAACCAUAAGUGAACAAAUAAAUACGAAUGACUGGAUCUUUGACAAAGAUUACAAUGAAAUUGCUAACUAAAGUGGUAACUUUUAA